CCGAACCACACAGAAGAAGCGAAUCGCUCUGAUGGAGACUGUUGUUGAUCACAUAAUGUUGAUAUUCAUCGAUUUGUUGCUCUAGGUUUGGGAUUUCUGAAGCGGUUUCUCGUCUGCACUCUGCAGAAGCCCUUUUGAGCUGAAUAUAACCGUGUGAGGCGCUUAUAAGUUUUCGAGCCCGUGAAAAUGUCUGUUGUUUUUGUUCCCAAACGGCAGCGCGGAAAAGCGCAAAUCAACCAGGAUAUCAUUCAAAGACUGCUGGACGAGAACGAUCAGCUGGUGAGAUGCAUCACAGAGUAUCAGCAGAAGGGCCGAGCCACCGAGUGUGUUCAAUACCAGCAGAUUUUGCACCGGAACAUCGUGUAUUUGGGAACCAUAGCUGACGCGAGCACAGAGAUCAUGCCGGAGGAGACGCAGACGUCUGCAAACGACUCGAAUCCUUAAGGAAACAGAAUCCCAUUGGCCAAAAGGAAUCUCAGAUGUUUUUGCUUUUUUAUGUACAUAAUUUUCAUAGUAUUUAUACUUUAAUACGAUGUAUAAUAAAUGCCAUAAAUAAAAUACCAUGUGUAAAUCCAUUCUGCACAAAAUGCAAAUCAGACUCCUGUCAUUGAAGUACUUCUAGAUCACGGUGGUAUUGUUGUACCGGCCUUCAGAUUUAACUGCAAUACAGAAAAUUGAGAACAUGAAUUAGCAAACGUUACAGAGACACAAAACGUGAAAGCUCAGUUUGUAUGCAAAUUGAGUCAAAGACAAAAUGAAAGCAGAUGUUAUGUUAUAUAUUUAUUUUUUGCAUUGCUGGUACACUUGGAAAUAAUCAGUUGCCAGCUCUAGUGAACAAUAAGCAACAUAAGCCAAGCAGUCGCCCAUCAUAUCUUCUGUCAGGGCAACAUCAUUUCUUUCUUUUUUUCUCUUUUUUUUUAACUCCUUUUAAUUUUUUUGAAGCCACUAGUAAACCAUUUUGACACAGCUGAGAAAUGUUGAGCGUUACAGUCCAAGGUCAUUGAAGAUGUUUUAUAUU